AUGCGAGCAACCUGUGAGGACCGGUUCAGAAACGAGCCCAUUGCUAUUAUCGGGAGCGCUUAUCCCCCCGAGCGCUUCAAUGCCGACGCCUUCUUCCAUCCGGAUGGAGCUCACCAUGGAACCAGCAACGUCACCGAGAGCUACUUCCUGCAGGAAGACCCCCGAUUGUUCGAUGCCGCUUUCUUCAACAUAAAGCCAAUUGAGGCGCACUCCAUUGACCCCCAGCAUCGCAUUCUUCUCGAGGUAGUCUACGAGUCGUUGGAGGCUGCUGGACAGCCGGUUGAGCGGCUGGCAAAUUCCCAAACCGGAUGCUACGUCGGCCUUAUGUGCGGAGACUUCAGCGAGCACAUCCAGCGGGACGUAGACGCCAUGCCGGCAUACAUGGCUACCGGAACGGCCAGAAGCCUCAUCUCGAACCGAAUCUCCUACUUCUUCGACUGGCAUGGGCCGUCCAUGACAAUCGAUACGGCCUGCUCCUCCAGCCUAUUCGCGGUACACGAGGCGGUACAGCUCUUGCGUAGCGGCGACUCGAACCUCGCCGUGGCGGCAGGGUCCAACAUCAUUUUAGGGCCCGAGCUAUAUAUUGGCGAGUCUAAACUCAAGAUGCUGUCACCUACCGGACGAUCCCGGAUGUGGGAUGAGAAGGCGGACGGCUAUGCUCGGGGGGAAGGAGUUGCGGCCAUCAUUCUGAAGCGGCUCAGCGAUGCGAUCCGGGACGGGGAUCACAUCGAGUCCGUGAUCCGCGAGUCGGCCAUCAACUCGGACGGCCGCACCAAGGGGCUCACCAUGCCCAAUGAGCUUGCGCAAGCCGACCUGAUCACGCGCACGUACAGGAAGGCCGGGCUCGAUCUGACAAAGGAAUCGGAGCGAUGUCAGUUCUUUGAGGCUCAUGGGACCGGCACCGAGGCUGGUGAUUGCCGCGAAGCCGAAGGAAUUAGCCGAGCGUUCCUCGGCUACGGUAGUGAGGGCAGCCCCCCCCGUCCGAUACAGAAGGACAAGCUUUACGUCGGAUCAAUCAAGACGGUCAUCGGCCACACCGAAGGCACUGCCGGCCUCGCCGGGCUGCUCAAAGCUUCGCUGGCCAUACAGCACGCCACCAUCCCGCCCAACAUGCUGUUCGAUCGGCUAAGCCCCAAGGUAGCGCCGUUCUACAACGGCCUAGAGAUUGCCACCGAGACGAAGCCAUGGCCAAAGAUUAACCAGGCGCGGCGGGCAAGUGUCAACAGCUUCGGCUUUGGCGGCGCGAAUGCCCACGUCAUUUUGGAGAGCUUUGAGCCCUCCAACGAGACGACCGAGACGGCUGCCCAUGCUGGCACCUUUACCCCAUUCGUCUUUUCCGCUGCGUCCGAGACGGCUCUUGACACAAUGCUAGAGGCGUAUGCAACCCACCUGCGAGAGCAAUCGGACAUAUCUGUGGGCGAUCUCUCUUACACGCUGCACUCGAGGCGGUCCGCACUCGGUCUGAGAGCAGCAUUCCCCGCUGUCGCCUCUGCUCCACAGCUAGCCUCGAGCAUUGAAGAAUACCUAGCUCAGGUACGCACCAAGGAGCGAGCCGCCGGCGAUGUGUCUGCCUCCAGCAUUGGGACCCGCCCGGUAAGCUCGUCGCCCCGAGUCCUCGGCAUCUUCACCGGCCAAGGCGCGCAAUGGGCUGGCAUGGGCCGCGAGCUGAUCCAGAGCUCGACUUUUGUGCGCAGUCGUCUCCAGUCCCUGGAGAGCGCCUUGUUUAUGCUCCCCGAGGCUGACCGGCCGUCGUGGUCACUGAUCGACGAACUGCUGGCCGGCACCGCGUCUUCACGCAUAGGCGAAGCGCGGAUUGCUCAGCCUCUGUGCACUGCAAUCCAGAUCGUGCUGGUGGAUUUGCUCCGCGCAGCAGACAUCCAAUUCGCCGCUGUCGUGGGCCACUCCUCGGGUGAAAUUGCAGCUGCCUACGCUGCGGGUAUGAUCAGCGCCGAGGAUGCCAUCAAGAUCGCGUACUACCGCGGCCUGUGUGUCGAGGAGCACGUCAAGACCGAAGGCGCCAUGAUGGCUGUGGGGACAACGUUUGACGAUGCGACCGAGCUGUGCAGUUUCGACGUGUUUGAGGGCCGUCUUUGCGUGGCUGCUUGUAACUCUCCGUCCAGCGUCACGCUGUCUGGCGACGCCGACGCGGUCGAGAGAGCGAAGGAGGUUCUCGAGGACGAGAAGAAGUUUGCCAGACGUCUGAAGGUGGAUAAGGCAUACCACUCGCACCACAUGGCAGCUUGCUCGGUCCCAUACAAGCAAGCAUUGAACGCGUGCAACCUCGAGCCGCACCAGUCCAAGAUCAACUGCGCCUGGUACUCGAGCGUGUACACAAACACGCGCAUGGGGGCGUCGGCGACACAUCGUGAGGAUCUGAAGGGAGAGUACUGGAAGGACAACAUGGUGCGGCCCGUGCUCUUUGCCCAGGCGCUCGAGACAGCAAUCCGCAGCAUGGACGCGGAUGCGCCCUUCAACAUGGUCGUCGAGGUGGGCCCUCAUGCAGCACUCAAGGGCCCUGCCUCCGAGACCCUCGCGGCUCUGUAUGUCGAGAAUAAACAGCCUGCGCCACCAUACACCGGGACGCUCUCGCGCGGCUCCGGCGACGUUGGCGCCCUGUCCGCCGCGCUGGGCGCCGUGUGGGCGCGAUUCAGCGCACCUGUUGUCAACUUUGGCCAGUACGACUCGCUUCUCACGGGAAUCAGAUCCGGACCAUCCACUUUCAGGCGCGUCGUACCCAACCUUCCGACUUACAAGUGGGACCACGACCGGGUGUUUUGGCAUGACUCCAGACGCUCACGGGCCUUGCGCAACCGCAAAGAUAAAUUUAACCCUUUGCUGGGCCGGCGGACUGCGGACGGAGUGGGCGACGAGAUGCGCUGGCGCAACUUCAUCCGCCCGAGCGAGUUGCCCUGGAUCAGCGGCCACCAGCUUCAAGGACAGAUGGUAUAUCCGGCUGCCGCAUAUCUCUCGACUGCCAUCGAGGCCUCCGCGUUUCUCACCGACGGUCGGGCCGUUGACGCCGUCGAAAUCCGAGACUUUGACUUGGGCAAGGCCAUGGUGUUUGACGAGAAUACGGAGCAGGCCGGCAUCGAGACGCUCUUCGCUCUCUCGGGCAUCUCGAAGCAGGGCCAGAGGCAGGUCACCGCCAAUUUUGCCUUCUAUGCAGCCUUGGGGGCAGACGCCGACGUUCUCUCUCACCUGGCCACCGGCCGCAUCCUGGUUACCCUGGCUGCAGACUCGGACCCGUCAUCUGCGCAGCUCGUGGUAGCACAACGAGCCCCCGAGCCAGCCGAUACAGCGGAGGUGGGAGAGGACGCGUUUUAUUCGGAACUUGAAAAGCUUGGAUACGAAUAUACGGACGACUUCCGCGCCCUGUCGGGCAUGCGGCGCAAGAUCAACUACGGUUCCGCAAAUGUGCGCGUUCCGGGGUACGAACUUGCCGCGGACGCUCUUCUGGUCCAUCCGGCCUUGUUGGACGCCGCUUUGCAGGCUAUCUUCUUGGCCUACUGGUAUCCCGGCGAUGGAAGCCUUGACCAGCUUCACGUGCCGACGGGUAUCGGUAGUCUGAAAGUCAACACGUCACUUUGCAAACAAGACCUGUUCGCGGGAGCGCUUCUGCCGCUGGAGUCAGUCCUGACAGAGAACCCCUUGACCAGCAACAUGAUCGGAGGGGAUGUCGAGGUCUACGGCCGCGACGGGCACACACCUCUAAUUCAGGUGUACGGGGUCCGAGUCUUGCCCCUUGCUGAGCGCACCAGUGGGGCGGAUAGACAGCUCUUCCGGGAGCACGUCUGGGGACCGAGCGUUCCAGAUGGCGCCCUGGCGGCUGACAACCGUGCCACGCCGCAAGACUUUGAGCUUGCUGCAGACCUGGAGCGAAUGUCUGUCUACUACUUGAAGCGCCUGACCCAAGACAUCCCGCUCAGUCAGCGUGCAGGUCUGGAAUGGCACCACGAGGCUCUCUUCGACUAUGCUGAGCACGUUCUGCACCAAACCGCCCGCGGACGGCAGCGCUUUGCCCAGCGGGAAUGGCUGAAUGACACGUGGGACGACAUCUCACACAUCCUGCAUAAGUAUCCCGGGAGCAUAGAAGUCGAGCUGAGCCGCACGGUCGGUGAGAACCUGACUGCUUCGGUCCGGGGCGAGACGCAGAUCCUCCAGCACAUGUUCAAGGACAAUUUGUUGAACCGGUAUUACGUCGAGGCGAUGGGGCUGCGUGAGCCCACGGGCUUUCUGGGCCGUACAGUGGCCCAAAUCGUCCACCGGUACCCCCGCAUGGACAUCCUCGAGAUCGGUGCCGGUACCGGCGGCGCUACAAAGGCCGUCUUCCGGGAGAUCGGACAAACGUUCUCUUCGUACACAUUCACCGACAUCUCCACUGGUUUCAUGGAGAAGGCUCAGGAGGUCUUCGCCCACGUGGCGGACAAGAUGGUGUUCAAGGCGCUCGAUAUUGAGAAGGACGUCGUGGAGCAGGGCUAUGCAGAGCACUCGUACGACCUGGUCAUUGCGUCUCUCGUCCUACACGCAACCAAGAGCCUCGACAAGACCAUGCAGGAAACCCGGCGACUCCUGAAGCCGGGCGGGUAUCUCGUUCUUCUGGAGAUGACGAGCAAUGACGUCCUCCGCGUCGGAUUUGCCAUGAGUGGCCUGCCGGGAUGGUGGCUCGGCAGGGAAGAUGGCCGGCAGUACUCGCCCUGCGUCUCUUCCACGAAAUGGCACCAGGUACUCCUCGGAUCCGGUUUCUCGGGCAUCGAUACUAUUACGCCGGAAGUCGACAUCCUGGCGCGUCCCUUGUCAGUCAUCGUUUCACAGGCAGUUGACCAGCGCGUCAACGUCAUUCGCGAGCCGCUUUCGCACGCCGCGAGCGAACUGCAUGCAGACAAUGGAGAAGGCGAGUUGGUCAUCAUCGGCGGGCAGAGCUUAACGACCGUGAUCCUGAUAGACAGCGUCCUCGACCUCACUCGCCGGUUCGGAUUCCACAUCACUCGGGUAUCCUCGCCUCAGGAGCUCGGCGCAGCGGCCGCCAUCUCUCCAGGGGCUCUCGUGUUGAAUGUCGCUGAGCUAGACCAGCCCAUCUUCCACAACCUCACGCGGGAGACCAUGAAAGGAAUACAGAGCUUGGUUGAUUACCAACGCACGAUCCUCUGGGUUACGCAGGGUUGCCGCGCCGACCAACCUUACAUGAACAUGAGCGUGGGUCUCGGACGAACGCUAGCUUUGGAAGCGCCCGACGUCCGCUUGCAGUUUCUCGACCUCGACAUCUCCCGCAAGCCCAAUGCGAGGUUGGUGGCCGAGACCCUCCUCCGUCUGCACUUAACUCGCGACGCCACAUCCACGGAGGGGAUGCUCUUCUCGGUGGAGCAAGAGGUCGUGGAGGAAGCCGGGCUGGUCGUGGUCCCGCGCCUUCUUCCCAUCCAAGCAGCAAACGACCGUUACAAUGCCACCAAGAGGUCUAUCUUCAAGCCCACCGAAAUCCAUGAUGGGCCGUUGUCGCUCCUCCUCCUGGUCCCCACCAAGUCGGGCUACAUGAUCCGCGAGGCCGCGCCAGAGGCCAACCGCCUUCUCGCUGUUGACGAGACCCAGGUCUACGUUACGGCAUCCACCUUGAUGCCAGUAACCGAGCAGAUGUAUGGUGUUGUGGGGCGAGAUAGCCAUGACAAGAGUUGGGUACUGGGCCUUUCGCAUACCAACGGCACCCGCGUUGCCGUGCAGCGAGACCACCUGCACCGUAUCGACAGCGGACCACAAGGAGAGGCUUCAGUAAUAGCCGCGGAGGAACAGCAGCAGCUCCUCGCCUUGCUGGUGGUCGAGGCACAGUGCUCCCGUGUCCUUCAAAUGUUGCCACGGCGUGGUGGCACGCUGGUCAUGAACGAGCCUCCCGUGGCCCUGGCCGUGCGGCUUUCGGAGCGAGCCGGGGAACGGGAUGCAAAGAUCAUCUUUACUGUGCCAGCAACCGACACUGCCUACCGCGAAGAAGACCUUCCUGAUGGUGGCUGUGUUGUAGUGACCCUGUCGCCCACCAGCUCCAAGCGAGCCGCACGCGCCGCUCUCCCCACCGACGCUGUUUCGCUUUUCGUCGACUGCGCUGCCGAGAAGCCGGAACACGCCAGCGGUCUCGGUUCCCUCAUGGCAUCUUGCAUGCCUCCAUCUUGCCGGUGCGCGACGCUGGCACAGCUCAGUCUACCGCCGCAGCAGGCACCGCCACCCUCGACAUCUAUCACCGAUAAUGCGCCUCCCCAAAUGCUCCGGCAGGUCGUCGCCCGUCGUAGGACCCAUGAAACCAAGCCGAGAGCCCGCUUCUUCCGCAGCUUGAGCCCUACUACGCUGGUCAAUAGCAACACAGCGCCUACCGACCUGGUUGAUCUCGCAUCCACCCCGACCCUUGUCGAUUGGACGUCCGGUGACAAGAUCCCCGUCAGGCUGGGGUCGGUUGAUGGCAUCAUACAGUUCGACGGGAGCAAGACGUAUGUUCUGUUCGGUCUGACGAGUGAUCUGGGACGGUCUUUGGUCGACUGGAUGGCCUCGCACGGAGCGAAGAACGUCGUGCUGACGAGCCGACAUCCUGAUAUCGACCCGCGAUGGUUGGAUCAGUGUAGGGCAAGGGGUAUGCGAGUCCAGGCGUUUGCAAACGAUAUCACCGAUGCGAGCGCCGUGGAACAUCUUGUUGGCGAGAUCCGCCGCUGCUUCCCGCCCAUUGCGGGAAUCAUGCACGGUGCCAUGGUCUUGGAGGACGCCGCCUUCUCAGAGAUGUCGCUGGAGACCAUGAACAAGGUGGUGCGGCCCAAGGUGCUCGGCGCCAUCCACCUCGACCGCAUCUUCCAGCAUGACAGCCUCGACUUCUUCGUUUUCUUCUCCUCGCUGGCCGCGGCCUCGGGAAACCGAGGACAGUCCAACUACAGCGCCGCCAACAUGUACAUGACGGCCAAGACCUUCGAGCGGCGCAGGAAGGGCCUCGCAGCUUCGGUCCUGCAUCUGGGCGCCGUCAUGGGCGUCGGCUACGUGAUGCGCGAGGCGAGCGAGACCGUGUUUCCGGCCAUUCGCCGUGCCGGCUUCCAGUGGAUGGACGAGCGUGCGUUCCACCAGUGCGUCGCCGAGGCCAUCCUCGCCGGACGCCCCGGCUCCGGGCGCAACCCGGAAAUCGUCACGGGUCUCCGUGUGAUCAACAUUGACGAGGAAGAGCCAGCCCCGUGGAUGGACAACCCUCGCUUCCAGCACUGCAUUGUCCGUGGCGGCACAGGUGAAGCGAAGAGGGCCCAGGGCGGUGGCGCGGCGGUUGCGGUGAAGGCGAGGCUUCUGGCGGUGACCACGCCGGAGGAGGCGGUCCAGGUAGUCACCGACGCAUUCCUCCAGAAGCUUCAGAUCAUGCUACAGGUCCAGCUACAAGGAGACCAGGACCGGGCCAAAAUCCUCGCCGCCAAUGCCGCCGACACGGGCAUCGACUCGCUCGUUGCCGUCGAAAUCCGCUCGUGGUUCCAGAAGGAGAUGGAAGUGGACGUGCCCGUUCUGAAGAUCCUCGGAGGCGCUACAAUUGCAGACCUCAUCGCCUUUGCCCACGGGAAACUGCCAGAGACCCUGACGCCCAAUAUCGGCAGCGGGUCCAGCGGAGUCAAGGCCGGUGACACCACUACCAGUAGUAGUCAGCCGGGACCUGAAAGUACCGGCAACGCGCCCGGCCCUGCUCCCUCAGCCCGUAGCUCCACCAUACCCACGCCUCCGGCAGUCGAUCCGGCUAGCAGUAACGGCGCGGAGAGUAGCCUUUCCUCGACGUCAAGCCGCCAUACGGCUGCUACUCCCGAUUCCGAGAGGGAUUCGGGUCGCCCGCAGGAGCUGGAGUGGGAGAGGACAGUAGCCAUGUCCGUUGCGCAGUCUCGAUUCUGGUUCCUGAGAAGCUACAUCGAGGACCAGACCACCUUCAACAUCACCUUUUCCGUGAGGCUAAAGGGACCGCUGCAGAUCGACAAGUUCGAGUCGGCAAUUCAUACCAUCGGCCAGCGCCAUCAAGCCCUCAGGACCGCCUUCGUUGCCCAGCCAGGCCAACAGCUUCCGGUGCAGGCCAUCCUGAAGAAAUCCCUUCUCCGUCUCGAGAAGAGGGACAUACAGGACCCCCGCGAAGCCUCCGCGGCGUUCCAGGCGAUGAAGAACCACGUGUUCGCCAUUGAACGGGGCGAGUCCAUGCGCCUGGUGCUCCUCUCGCUGAGCCCGCUGGACCACUUUCUCGUUGUCGGGUAUCAUCACAUUAACAUGGACGGCGCGAGUCUCGAGGUCUUCAUGGCAGACCUGACGAACCUGUACACCGGCAGGCGUCUCGCGCCCAACCCGUUCCAGUACCCGGACUUCGCGGCACAGCAGGAGUUGGAAAUACGGCAGGGCAAGAUGGACAGCGAUCUCGCGUGGUGGCAGACUCAGCUUGCCGGGAUGGCCUUGUUCCGGCUCCUUGACGCCCCUGACCUGUGCAUCGGAAUGGCCGACGCCAACCGGUUCGAGGGAGACCUGGCAUCGAGUAUGGGCUUGUACCUGAACCUCCUCCCUCUGCGCUUCCGGCUGUCUGGGAAUCGCACGUUCCAGGACGCGCUAAAGGACACGCGCCGUACUGCAUAUUCCGCCAUGGCACACUCUCAGGUGCCUUUCGAUCUGGUGCUGAACAAUCUAAAGAUCCCAAGAUCCACGCUGCACAGCCCACUGUUCCAGGCAUUCAUCAGCUACCGAGCUGGCGUGGCUGAGGCGCGGACGAUGGGAGCCGUGGAAGGCGAAGGCGAGGAGUACCAUUUCGGCCGGACCGCCUACGAUCUCAGCCUGGACAUCAUGGAGAAUCCCGGCAGCGAUCCCCGUCUGAUGUUUGUGGUCCAGAAGCAGCUGUACUCGGAACAGGAUGCAGAUAUCCUGGCGGAUGCCUACAUGAACUUGCUCGAUUUCUUCGCGCGGAACCCGGCCGCGGCCCUCGAGACCGCGCCCAUGUUCGCGCCAAAGACCAUUGAGAGCGCCAUCAGGCUUGGUCAAGGGAGCACUAUCGCCACUGCCUGGCCGGAAACUAUCGUACACCGGGUGGACGAGGUUAUGCAGCAGUAUCCAGACACCAUCGCCGUCCGAGAGCCGCACCGGGGCGGGGUGUGGAACUACAAGCAACUCCGUGACCGAACGGCGGCUAUCGCACGGGCGCUGCUGGCUGCCAACAUCACCAGAGGAGCGCGUGUCGCUGUCUUCCAGGAGCCAGGUCUCGACUGGAUCUGCUCCGCCAUCGCCAUUAUGCGCAUCGGUGCUGUGUUUAUCCCCGUUGAUGUCGGCAAUCCUGUCGAGCGGCUUGCCACGAUUAUCAGGGCCGCGAAGCCGGCCGCUGCGCUCGUCCACGACGCCACGGAAUCCCAGGAGGCCGCUUUGGCUGCGAUCCGGGAUGUGUGUCGCCCCCACGUCUUACAUGUCUCUCAGGCGAUCGCUUCUCUGGCCGCAGGGGACGACAUGGAAGUCCCGAACCUGGCUGGGCCUGACGAGGCCGCCAUGGUGCUGUUCACAAGCGGCUCGACAGGUGUUCCCAAAGGCGUGGUUAUUCUGCACGAGGGAAUCCCCAACUUCAUGGAGCAUACCUGCAAUAUCCAGGGGCCUGAGGUAGUCCUCCUCCACAGCGCGCUGGGGUUCGACAUGGCAACCUUCCAGUGCUUCGCGGCCCUCGCACAUGGUGGCACUCUGGUUGUAGCGCCACGAGACAUGCGGGGAGAUCCCGUCGCAAUCACGGCCCUCAUGGCGAAGGAGAGUGUUACAUGCACGGGCGCCACACCGUCCGAGUACCACAGCUGGAUCCAGUAUGGCUUCUCCAAGCUUACGCAGUGUAAGGCCUGGCGGAUCGCCAUGACGGCUGGCGAAGCCUGCACGCCAAAGCUCGUCGAGGACUUCCGAACGUUGCAGCUUCCCGAUCUGCACCUGUGGAACUGCUACGGACCUUCUGAGAUCACCUGGGGCAGCAACCAUACCGAAAUACCGCUCGUGAAGCCGCUGGAAGGAGCGGUGACUGUCGGGAAGGCUAUGCCUAAUCGCUCCGUGUACAUAUUGGACGAGAGGCUACAGCCUGUUUGCAUCGGCAUGCCGGGAGAGAUCGCUAUCGGCGGCGCUGGGGUGGGCCUUGGAUACCUGGACAACGAGGCGCUCACAAGGGAGAGGUUCAUUGCAGAUCCCUGUGCGCCGGGAAAGAGAAUGUACCUUUCCGGCGACCGAGGGCGGCUCACCGCGACCGGAGAGCUGGAGAUCCUGGGACGGAUCGACGGCGACUCGCAAAUCAAGCUGCGCGGCAUCCGCAUCGAAAUGCAAGAUAUCGAGCAGACGAUCCUCCGCACCGCUGACGGCGCCUUGGUGAGCGUGUGCGUGACGGCCCGGGGUGACCCGCCGAUCUUGGUCGCCCACGCGGUGUUCCGGCCAGACUGCGCGGUGCCAGAGGAAGGGCGGGACGCAUUCCUCCAUCGGCUGGUCACGUCGCUGCCUCUUCCGCAAUACAUGCACCCAGCAGCCAUCGUCCCGAUUGCGUCCAUGCCCUUGAACUCCCAUGGCAAGCUGGACAGACGCGCCGUGCAGAGGAUGCCGGUACGCUCCCGAAGUGCUGCAAUGGAGACGUCGUCAACCGACCGGAUCAUCGCGUUGGAGCAAGAAGAACUCCAGCUGCUCCGGGUCUGGCAGCGAGUCAUCCCCGAUGAUGUUCUCUCCUUGUACACGGUGCAGAAAGACACCGACUUCUUCCAUGUCGGAGGCAACUCGAUUCUGCUCAUCCAGCUACAGAAUCAGAUCAAGCAGGAGUUCGGCGUCAUGUUGACCCUGGUGCGUCUCUUUGAGAAGAGCACUUUAGGAGCCAUGGCCGCAGCGAUCCGGGACGUCACCGUCCAGAACGCGAAUGCCGUGAUUGACUGGGAGGAAGAAACGGCAUUGAGCAAGGACCUCAUCGACGCUGCCGGGUCUGAACAGCAGGCCGCCAAGUGGUCCAAGCCCGCGGUCGACGGGAGAACCAUCAUCUUGACCGGGGCAACGGGCUUCGUCGGCCGCGAGUUGCUGGGCCGGCUCGUUGCUUCCCAGGAAAUCUCGACUAUCCACUGCAUCGCAGUACGCGAUCCUUCCAAGCUAGCCGACUUAGGCCUGCACCCCAAGGUCUCCGUCCACGCCGGUGAUCUCACCUCUCUCGAGGACCUGGACGAACGCCUCUUCUCGGCCGCGCACGCCGUGGUCCACUGCGGUGCAGACGUGUCCUUCAUGAAGAGCUACGCAACUCUCCGCCGGGCAAACGUCACCUCCACCAAGACGCUGGCGCGCCUCGCGCUCCGACACGGGCUCCACUUCCACUACAUCUCGACGACCGCUACGGGGCGGCUGCUCCUCGAAGUCUUCGGCGAGCAAUCCCUCGCCGCGCACCCGCCGCCCCCGAACUGGCUCGACAACUACGUCGCGAGCAAGUGGGCCAGCGAGGUGUUCCUCGAGCGGGCAGCCGCGCGGCUCGGGCUGCGCGUGUGGGUGCACCGCCCGAGCAGCGUCACGGGCGCCGCCGCGGGCGACACAGACGUCGUGUCGUCGGUGGCGCGGCUCGCCAGGAAGAUGCGGGCCGUGCCGGUGUCGACGCGCUGGCGAGGCGCGCUCGACUUUGUGAGUGUGGAGGAGGUGGCUGACGGGGUGGUGCAUGCCGUGCUGCAGGGUCUGCAACAGCAGCAGCAAAAUACAGAAGUGGAGGAGGUGGAGGAAGAGGCGACUGGGAAUAAUAAGAUGAGUCUCAUCAAAUUCCAGCAUCACUCCGGUGGCGUGGUGGUGCCCAUCCAAAACAUGAGGGAGCAUCUUGAGCGGGAGGACGGGGUCGAGUACAGGACGGUCCCGCUGGGCGAGUGGAUCGAGAUGGCCGUGUCCGAGGGCCUCAACGUGCUGGUCGCAGCGUACCUGGCUUCGGUGGAGGAGAUGGACAUGGAGAUUGUGUUCCAGAAGUAUGUCAAGGGCUGAUAUUUUCGAGGUUUCUGGGUUUUGGCUGGCAUCAUUGUUACGGGAUGGCAAAAGGACAUUUUUACACGAUUUGCUGUUUCGUUUCGGGUCGAUAUGAUAUGGGGAAGUGUGUUGUUGGUUGCGAUACCUGACUCUUUACUGUCAUUUAUGUUCCCGACAGGAAAUCAUGGCGAAAUAACAUUAGAUAGCAUUAUUACCUGCUGUAUUGUAGUAUACCUUAGUCUGACCGCUGAAAGUUCGUUUAUUCACGCC